UUUAUUGUACUGUGCUCACCUUGAGAUUUGAUCAGCUGUUCACACAAAUAUUUGUCAACAAAGUGAACAAAAGCGUGAAACGAAGCCAAUCAAUUAUCAAGCAAAUAUAAACAAGAAUUAUUGAUUCAACAUUUAUAUCAAGAAAUUCCAGGUUUAAUUCGGAUGCAUCUAGAAGUCCAAUUAAUUACAGAUGGGAGAUUCUAAGAUAGAAGGAGACGCGGUUCCUUUCGUCCAACUAGUAAGUACUUUAGAAGAGAAAAAAGAAGAUAAACUGAAAGAAGAAGUUGAAGAACAAAAUAAAGAAAAAGAAGAAACUGUAAAAAAGGAAGAAAGAAUGGAUUCAAGAUCUGAAGAUAAUAAAGCAGAAGAAGAAGCUGGAAAAAAGAAAGAAAGAAUGGAUUCAAGAGUUGAAGAUAUUAAAGAAGAGGUCCAAAAACAGGCUUUCCAGAAAGAGAUGGAAGGACAGAGAAUAGUUGUUCAAGGGGGAAAUACGGUCAUAAAUAUUACUCCCACAUUCAAUAUGCAAUUAGGUCCGUCGUUCACUCAAGUGACCGGAUACCAGCCAGCUGGGUUCCAGGGUCAGCACGCUUUCCUGGCGCCAGGUCAAGGUCAGGGUCAACCUUGUCUCCAGGCUCCAAUACCGUCUCGAGACCUCCUUUAUCCUUUGUACAAAUCCCAACGAGUUCUCUCAGAAGACGACAUUGAUCAAAUUUCUAAGCAAAUGGGAAAGGGGUGGAAGGAUGUCGGAAGCAGAUUAAUGUUUAAUUGGAGUCAGCUUGAACAAUUUGAACAAGAUACUUCUUCUCUUUCACAAGCAGCAUUCAAGAUGCUUUAUAGAUGGAUACAGUGGAAAGAUGAACGGGCUACAGUUGGAAAACUCACAAAGGCACUUUUUAUGAGUGAAGAGUUCGACGCCAUACGAGUUCUUCAUGCUUGAUCUAACUAAUUUCUUUCAUUAUUUAAUGAGUGAUUGACUCAAUGCUAGUAAAGUACUUAAUGAGUUUAUAAUUCUAUGCUAGAGUGCUUUUUAGUAAUGAACUCGAUGCUAUUCGAAUGCUUUAUAAGUAGCAGGAUUGAUGCUGUUAAAUUAGUAACAAUUAAAUGCCUUCUUAGAACUUUCUUUUACAAGAAAUGCCACCAAGCGCCGUGCAUUUCAAGUCAAGUUUUGGUUGGAUAUAAUAGAGAAAGUACGACUGUCAUUUUGUUGUUCUUAGGUGUACACUCUAAAACCUAAAGAAGGGUUUUAUUAAAAAUUACUGAAAUUUAUUUGUUUAUUAUCAAAUCAAUCAAUAAAUUCUCAUUCCAUGAUAAAAAGAAAUUAAGUUCAAGUCCUAAAACUAAAUUGUUAAAUGGGUUGAAGACAUAAUUUGAAGUAACUCUAUUUAUAGACUGGCAUGUAUGAUUUACACCGGUACCCCCUAAAUUAGUUGUCAAAUCAAAAAUUGGAGUUUCUGAAUUAAGUGAUUCGCGCAUUUCUGAAUUAAGAAACAAUGCAGGAAACUAUGUGAAAUAUGUAAAUUAUGUGUAGCAUUUGUAUUGUUUAAUCACAAAGCAAUCUUGUUUUACUUCUUGCUUAAAUGGGACUGAAAGCGUGAUUUAAA